CAGAAUGCUGGUUUUUUAAUUUUUAUCAAUUGGGAAAAUGAUGGAUUCUACUCGGUAAAUAAGAGAUUAUAUAUACGUGUUCUAUCUCCUUACCAGUUUAUGUUCUUUGAUUCGAUUUUAACUUAGUCAUCAUGUUGUUUAGGCAAUUUGGACAUGCUGUGGAAAAUUUACGAAUAUGACUGCAGUGAUCGUUUUGCAAAAACAGCAAGUAUAUCUAAAGUUGAGGCUUUUUUCUUUUUGAUAUCUUAUGCGUUUUUGUUAUACUUUAUGAAAAUAGUCAUUAAAACUCCGGCAGUUAUUUAGAUGGCGCCCAAGUGUUCUGCUACUACAGCCUCUGUAUGGAAUUGGGUAAUUGAAGCCUUGGCAAGUGAUGAACAAGUCGACACAUCUACUUUAUUGGGUCUUAUGAAAGCGGCUCCUGUCAUUUCAGGUAAUGCAGGAAAUCAUACAAGAGAAUUGGUCUCCUUAAGAAUCUUGGAGAGCUUGUUUGAUGGUAAUGAAGCUGUAGUUGAUGCCGCUUCUGCUAAAAACACAAAAGUUAGUUUUGAUACAUCAGAACGCUGUGAAGAUGUCCUUUUUCGGAUAUUACAUGAGAAACCAAAAAGUAUGGCUAAAUUGGAUAAAGAAAAAUGGGAUGUUCGUCCAUUCCUCAUGCAUAAAAGAUCUUCCUUGCCUAAAUGUGUAUUGAAAAAGUUAAAGGAUGUGAUUCAUGAAAAUAGUCAUCCACUUCUUGCAUCAUUGAAAGAAAAGAGUAAACUAGUAAUGGCACAUAUAUGUAAAGAUACAGGUCCAGUGAUUGAUAAUAUCCAAGAUGCACUUGAUAACAACAAUUUAGAUUUGAACCCUGGAAAAGAUAAAAACGAAUUUAAAGAAGUUGUGUGGCAAGAGACUGAUCAAUUGGGGAAUUCCACUGGAGGAACUACUGAGCAGACUGGAAGAGAAGAACGGCAAAGAGUUUUAGAACGCUCUAAAGAAGAAGCCAGUGGUAUCAAAUUGGUGGAAAAUGAUGCACAUACCAACAGUCAACCUGAUCGACAAAUGCUUCAUCAUAAUGGUGAAAAUUUUCUCCCAGACACUUAUAGAGAAUAUGACGGCCGACAUGAGAAAAUUACCAAUAGCGAGACAUUUGAUGAUGUGAGAACUGAUAUUGCUGCUCAGAAAGCUGCUUUUUUUAAUUCUCAGUUCACACUCAGUCAGCUUAGUCAGGAUUCAUUCUCUAUGACUGAGUUUUUAGAGAUGGAUCUUUGUAUGAAGUGUAAUGAAGGUGGUCAGUUAUUAGUUUGCAGCUCUGAAUCAUGCCAAUUACGAGUUCACGAAAGUUGUCUGGGCUCUGCCUUCUCCCUUGAUGACAAUCAUAAGUUUUUUUGCCCGUUUUGUGCAUAUAGUCGUGCAAUAUCUGAAUAUCUGGAAGCUAAGCAGAAGGCUUCUUUGGCCAGAAAAGGUCUACAAGCUUUUUCUAGUUUCACAGUCAAACGUAUACCAAAAAAGUCCUCCAAGAAACAAUGUGAAUCAGAGAAAAAUGUAACCGAAGCUUUUCCUGAAAUGGUUGAAAGAAAUGGUGAAGUAAACACUGCAAGUAGAGCUAACAACUGCAACCGUAAAUCAAAUGAAGACAAUUCUGCCCCACCUGGUACAUCGAUACAAGUUGCUAAUGAUGAUAUGCAUAUAGAAACCGGAUGCUUGGAUCAGCAAGCUACUGAAUUGACUCAGAAUCCAAUACCCCAAGCAAGUAGCCCGAAACAGAAAGGUAAGGUAAGAGAUACUCCACGGUCAAACGAGUCUACUUGCUCAACAAGACUCAGCAAGAGAAAAGCACAAUACAAUUGUGAGUCAAAUGAAGAAGGUUCUGGUCUCCCUAAUCCGCCGAUACAAGAUGUUAAUGAUGAUAUGCAUAUAGAAACUGGAUGCUUGAAUAAAAGUACUGAAUUGCCUCCGAGUCCAAUACCGGAAGCAAGUGGCUCAAAACAGAAGGUUGAGAUAAGAAAAGUUCAAAGGUCAACUGAACCUAUUUCCUCAGAAAGAUCUUGCAGGAGGAAAGCAAAAUACAUUUGUCCUCCACCAAUUCCGCGUUCAAGGCGAAAUAUAAUCCCAUGGACAAAAGCAGAGGAAGAAAUGUUGAAGGAAGGCGUUGGGAAAUAUUCUAGUGCUAUGAACAACAGAAUUCCGUGGAACGAGAUUUUGGAUUUUGGACGCAACGUCUUCCACAAAGGACGUACGAAUAUUGAUCUAAAAGACAAAUGGAGAAACAUGUGCAACAGAAGCCAUGAUGCUUAAUAACAUGCUGUUACUUUUAGUUGACCGCCAAGACGCUCGCUCUUGAAGACGGACUUUUGUUUGAACCUACACAUUUACUUCUGGGUAUUGUCCAUGAUUUCAUUUGGCAAACUGAACUGGAGACAACCCUUGAUUUUGUGCAGUUUGUAAUAGUAUUGUUUGCAAAUAUCUUGAUGCCUACAAGGCACAUGCAUAGUUUGGAGUAAAUUUUAUGCGUCUGCUGAAAUAUUUGACAAAUUGUAAAUUUUGAUCAAAGAGUCUGUUGCUGUUUAUAAACGUGUAAAUAUUUGAUGUUCCUGUAGCUGGCACAGAUACAUGCUUUGAUCUCUUUUUUUUUUAUUUAAUGAGAACUUUCUCUUUCGUAAA